GUACCGACAAGUAACGCUUAUCGCGUGGAACCCGAGAAAAAAAAGCCUGAAAAUGGUGUUUCUUCAUGGACAGUGGAGCUCGCUCGUGCUCAGUUGUUUGACGGUAAUGGUUGUCGGUGGCUUUGAGGUGUCAACGACCAUCGAAAAAUGUCCACCGCCACGGUGCGUUACGUACGAGGAAAUCAACACGCUGUGGGCAGAUCCGAGUCCGGCCCACUUUCUGCAGUGUCGUCCGCUGCAGAACGGUACCUGGGCGCCGCAAAAGAUGCCAUGUGCGGUUGGCACACUGUUCAGCUUCAAGCAACAGGUAUGCGUGCUGGAAAUCAACUGGAAUGCCGAAUUGAGCGGGUGCAUCAAGGCAGAUACAAAGGCACCAAGCUGCGGUGAGCCGAGCUGUGAGACGUAUGAGCAGAUCAAUACGCUUUGGGUGCAUUCGCUGAAGGAAAAGUUUUACCAGUGUCGGCCGGCACCGAACGGUACGUGGGUACCGCAGGAAAUGCUUUGCCCGACUGGUACACUGUUCAGCUUUUAUCAUCAGGUGUGUGUGGUUAAAUCGAUGUGGAAAGAUUCCUGCUCGCAAACGUAGCGCAGGGCAUGUGUAGAAUGCGGCAGUGACAACAGUGGAGUAAUUAUUCCUUGGUGUGUGUGUGUAUGUGGAAAAUAUACAAAUAUUGAAUAGUAA